CUUUGUCAAGUAAACAGUUUGAUUUCCACAAUCAGUACAACAUUUUCAAAAUGAAGACCAUCGCUGGAGCCAUCGUUUUUGCCAUCAUUGGAUUGGCCCAAAGCUCGGUGCUGCCACUGGGACUUAGCCCACUGGAGGCUUCCGGCACUAUCAUUCGAUCUGAUCUUGGCCUACCGUCUCUCAUUCGAUCGGAUUUGGGACUCUCAGCCGGCCUACCAUUGGCGACCAUUCCAUCCCAAACCCUCAGCCUUGCUUCGGGACUACCAGCGGCCGUUUCAAUCCGUUCUGCUUCCCCCAUCGCUCUGAAUGGGCUUUCCCCGAUCACGCUGAGCUCCCAAGGUACUCUUCUACCUCUGGCUGGUAACCAAAUCAUCUCCACGAACAGCGGUAUCCUGCGCUCGGUAUCUCCAAUCGCUUUGGCCGCUCAAUCCCCGAUUGCUACCACUCUGCCGCUGAACAUUGGCUCAAUUGUGGCCGCCAACAACGGUAUUCUCAGUGCGUCUCCAAUUGGCGGAUCGAUUGUACUCCAGAAAUCAUUGAAAUAAAUCUGUGAUAACUUUUCUUCGU